AUAGGCUCACCCAAAAAGCGGAACACCCGCAACAAAAACAAAUGACUCACUCGUCUCCCAGCCACAGCCAGUCGGCUUAUUCAACUGAGGAGAACUUGUCAUUUAGCGCUCUGACUGAGUGAGAUUUCACUGCUAAGCCUGGUGUGAUGGAGCACGACCUUCAUUUGAGAGACAGGGUAGGACUGCAGGACUUUGUCCUGCUGGAAGACUACCACGACGUCAACGCCUUCAUAGAAAACCUGCGAAAGAGAUUCAAUGAAGACAUAAUAUAUACGUACAUCGGUCCAGUGCUGGUGUCUGUGAACCCCUACAGGGAGCUGCCUAUCUACAGCCAGGAGUAUAUCGAGACAUACAGAGGCGAGGCAUUCUAUGAGCUGCCACCACACAUAUAUGCCGUGUCUGACAUGGCUUACCGCUCGAUGCUGGCUGAGCGACGUGACCAGUGUGUGCUCAUAUCGGGGGAGAGCGGUGCCGGCAAGACGGAGGCCACCAAAAAGAUGCUCUACUACCUAGCAGAGGCAAGCCACCAUGCUGCUGAGGUCGACAGGGUGAAAGACAGACUGCUGCAGUCCAACCCAGUGCUAGAGGCUUUUGGAAAUGCAAAGACUACGAGAAAUGAUAAUUCUAGCCGGUUUGGGAAAUACAUGGACAUCCAGUUCAAUUUUAAGGGCGUGCCAGUUGGAGGCCACAUACUCAAUUACUUAUUGGAGAAAUCCCGUGUCGUGCAUCAAGCUAACGGCGAACGUAACUUCCACAUCUUCUAUCAGCUGCUAGCCGGAGCAGACGAGCGAUUGCUACAAAGGCUCCAUCUAGUGUCUGAUCCUGAUCAAUAUUUCUAUCUUAAACAGGGUGGUUCCAGUCAAGCGAGAAGGAUCAAUGAUGAACAGGAUUUAAAGGUCGUUAGGCGUGGCUUGGAAGUGGUUGACUUCUCACAGCAAGAGCAAGAUGAGCUUUUUGCGAUCGUGGCUUCAGUGAUUCACAUGGGGAACAUUACCUUUGAGGAAGAGGAUCACAUCACUCGCGUGGAGGAUGGAGAACACGCCAACGUGGUUGCACAGUUACUGGGUUGUCCCUUGGAUGUACUGAAGCAAGCUCUGACACACAAAGCUAUAGAGGCUCGUGGUGAAAAGAUGCAUACCCCUCUGAGUCCUGACCAAUCUGUCUAUGCUCGUGAUGCGCUUGCCAAGGCUGUGUAUGAACGUCUGUUUACGUGGCUAGUUAACAAAGUCAACUUCUCUCUGGCGUUUGAGCACCGGGCAGAUAAGCUAUCUUAUGAGCAGCACGGUCAGACCGUGAUGGGACUGCUGGACAUCUACGGCUUCGAGAUCUUCGACGUGAAUGGCUUCGAACAGUUCUGCAUCAACUACUGCAACGAGAAGCUGCAGCAGCUGUUCAUCGAGCUGACGCUGAAGUCAGAACAGGACGAAUACCUGAGGGAGGGCAUCGAGUGGGAGCCAGUGGAAUACUUCAACAACAAGAUUAUCUGUGACUUAAUUGAGGAGAAGCAUCGAGGCAUAAUUGCUAUAUUGGACGAGGAAUGCCUGUUGCCGGGGGAGACCACAGACGCUACUUUCUUAUCCAAGAUGGAGGACACAGUUGUACAUCCGCACUUCCGAGAUCACAAGGCAGCCAGGAAGGAGAUCUCCAGAGAGGAGUUUCAGCUGAAGCACUAUGCCGGCGAUGUAACGUACAGUGUGACCGGCUUCCUAGACAAGAACAACGAUCUCCUGUUCAGAAGUCUAAAGGAAGCCAUGAUAGAGACGACUAAUAGCAUCACCUCCACCAUCUUCACAGCUGCCGAGAUGGAGAGCAAGAAACGGCCGGAAACGGCGGGAACACAGUUCAAGACGAGUCUUUCACAGCUGAUGGUCAUCCUCAUGUCGAAGGAGCCGUCGUACAUCCGCUGCAUCAAGCCGAACGACGCUAAGCGGUCGGGCAUCUUCACGGAAAAGAUCGUCCGGCACCAGGUGAAGUACCUGGGUCUGGUCGAGAACCUGCGGGUGCGGCGCGCCGGCUUCGCCUACAAGCGCAACUACGACUUCUUCGUGCAUCGGUACAAGAGUCUUUGCCCGGCUACGUGGCCGAGCUUUAACGGUCCGGCGAAGACGGGGGUGCAGCUCAUCUGUGAGCACCUCGGCUACAACCCCAGCUCUUACAAGCUCGGCCGCACAAAGAUAUUCGUGCGAAGCCCGCGUACGCUGUUUGAGACAGAGGAUGCCCUGCAGCAGAGGAAGCAUCAGCUCGCCUGUCUCAUACAGGCCAAGUUCAAGGGCUUCAGGCAGAGGCGAGCCUACGUGAGCAUGCAGCUUGCAGUGACGUGCAUCACCAAGUAUUGGAGGAGAGUACUAGCUAAGCGACUGCUCGCCAGGCGGCGCCACGCUGCGAUCGUACUGCGGAGAUUUGUGAAGGGUUUCAUGACCCGUCAUGAGCCGCCGUGUGAGGCCAAUGCCGAGUUUCUGCAGUACGUGAGGAGAGAGUACCUGCUGAGACUGAGCAGGAAACUGCCGAGAUCUGUGCUGGAUAAGGUGUGGCAGCCCUGCCCGAGAGCCGUCAACGAGACAGACGUGCUGCUGCAUCCGUUAUGCACGCGGACGCUCGUGCGAAAAUACGUGCGCUCACUAUCUCCAGAAAGGAAGAACCAGCUGGAACAGAAAGUGGUGGCUGAAGCCAUCUUCCGUGGUAAAAAACAGAGCUACCCAGCCAGCAUCAUGGAUUACUUUCAGGAUCACCGACUACCAGAUAACAUGGCACAGUCACAAUUCGAAACAAAAAUUAAACCCGGGGAUGAGAAAACAAUGUAUUCCACCAUGGUAACGAAGUAUGACCGACAUGGUUACCAGCCGCGCAACUGGAUGCUUUUCGCAACCAACAGUGCCAUCUAUCUGCUGGAUGAGAAAAGUUUUAAGCUGAAGCACAGGAUUCCAUACACGACCAUUAAAGGGAUCUCAGUCAGCUCUCUAACAGAUUCUGUGUUUGUUAUACACAUUCCUACUGAGAACAAGAAAGAAAAGGGUGAUGUGAUUCUGGAGAGCAAAUGGCUCAUAGAGACGGUCACAAAAAUCUGCAUCGUCUCCCGAAAGCUGGACAUGGUCCAUCUGGAGGCUAGUGGAAGCAUUUCGCACACUAUGGCAGACGGCAAGAUGGGAGUAAUUGAAUUCCAGAUGGGCGAAGAACCUUCGAUAGCAAAAUCUAAGACUGGUAACCUGACCGUGGUUACUGCUUCCAACGGUUACGCCAAUGGAUUCUGAACAGCAUUUGAUUGAGUACUCCAGUCCAAGUCUGUGGAGUGGAUGUAUAUGUCACCUGACUGUGUAUAAGCCCAACUUGCAUUAAAAAAUGCCUUCUGAUAUGUUCCAGUCAUCAGGUCAUGAACGUUUUCCCACCAUAAAAAUGCUUAUAAUUUAUUUUGCCUACAUAAACAAACCACAGUUAUUCACUGGAGUUGUAGGGGACUUGGAGAAUCACCUUUUGUUGUUAAUCAACAGAAUGAGCAUGGUGCCAGAGCUGGUGCAAUGUGUGUUCAGAAUUAAUAAAUGAAAUGCUUCUCCUUACUUUGUGUACAGUGAACAAGAUAGAUUCCUGUCAUAUUUGCUCUAGACAGUUUUGUAGUUAAUAUAAUAUUGUUUUAUAAUCCGGUGUUUUAUAUAUUUGUUACUGAAUUGCAACAUAUUGAAGUCAUGAGCAGCUGUACAUUAUAUAACUGCUAACAUCAAAUGUAGUUGCUCUUUUACUUGUGACAUAUCGGUUAUCGUAUCCUCCCUGUGGUUGUUUAAAUUUCUGUUUACGUUCCGUGGACCUAUUUAUUGUUCGUUAACUGCCAGUCUUAGUCCACAUACAACUCGUGUUGUAGAAAAUUUAUAGCUGCAUAGACCUUUCUGUAGCAUGGUGGAGUCUGUGUUAUACUUUGUACUCUUAUAUAGCAAUUCAAGAAACAUUGAAUGUGAAUAUAAAUUUAUUUGAAACAUACACCCUAAAUGAUCAUGUGCAGAAAGAAUUGUAAUAAAUAUGCUACCAAAUUGUUAUUUAUGAAUAAGAUUGCAUAAAGUGACAUAGAUAAAAUAAAUGGAAAAAUUACCAAGAUAGUUUGUGACACAUCCCUUGCUCCUAAUUAUGACAACCUGGUUUUUGCAUUUGUUACCACUCUGGUCACUUUUUGUUGUAUAUACACAGACACAUUGUUGUAUACAUGCCUUAUAUUACUGUAUAUUGUGGACUGAUUUUAUUAACUGCUAGAUUUGUAUUGAUUUAUCUGUCAUACAUUUCGUAAUAAAGUAGCUUUUGAUGAAUGUAA